AUGGCCAACCACCUGCUCCGCGAACGCGAUGCGCCCCCUGUCGGCAAGCUCUGGGCCCACAACUUCGUCAAGCGCCAGCCACAGCUCCGUACGCGUCGUACGCGUAGAUACGAUUACCAGAGGGCCAAGGCCAAAUAUGGGAUUGUUGAUGACGAUGUCUAUAACUUCGACGAGACUGGGCUUAUGAUGGGCAUCAUCUUCGCGGGACAGGCAUACGGUCGCCUGAUCGACGAGCUGAUGCGCGCACACAUCAAUCAUAUCACCAAGCUCGAGUUCCUUUGUGCCUUUCGCGAAGCCUUCUUUGCUUCCAUGACAGAGAAGAAUAUCCAGGGUGGGUUUGCAGGGGCCGGUAUCAUACCAUUCGAUCCAGAGAGUGUGCUUUCUAAGCUGGAUGUCAAGCUUCAUGCACCAACACCCCCAGACUCCCUGCCUGGCACUGCACAGCCUUGGGUCUCUAUGACCCCGUAUAAUACCCAGGAAACCCGCUCGCAGUCAGACUUCAUCAAGACCCGGAUUUCCAGCUACCAAAAUAGCUCCCCAGCUUCGGUGUUAGUUGCAGUUGACCAGCUUACCAAAGGUGCAACGGCUGUAAUGCACCAAGUGGCUCUUCUUCAGUCAGAGGUCUCUUCGCUCCGUAAGGCCAACGAAGUACUAAGCAAGCGCCGGAAAGCCAAAAGAACACGCAUACAGCUUGGAGGGGCACUUACUGUACAAGAUGCACAGGAUCCACUGGACCAGAGGGAUGUGGGUAAGGGGGCACUGCAGGAAACACAGCCGGAUAGUAGUGGUGCAGGGGGGGCUCGUGCGAAGGUUCGGCGCUGUAUUGUUGCAAGGUGGGAGAAAGCGCGUCGCUCGCUUAUAUGCGUCGCUCGCUUAUAA